UCUCGAAUAAGUCAAGGAAUUGAAAGUCAUCAAUGGGGAGUGUCAUGGUCUGCAUUGUGCUACUGGUCAUGUCUAUUGAGUAUUAUGCAUUUGCUGUGAUGACUUGGUAUCCAAGAGUUCGAACGAAUUUAGCAUAUUGGGCGAUACCAAUCUUAGCAGUCUUCCACUUUUUGGCAUUUAUGUUGUUAUGGUCAUUCCUCAUGACCUUGUUCACUGACUCAGGAGAGGUUCCCAUCUAUUGGGGCUUCAGGGUCGGAGACCCUGAUGAUAGGAGAAGAAGGUAUUGCCUCAUGUGAAAUUUAUACAAGCCUGAAAGAUGCCAUCAUUGAUCUGCCUGAGGAAGAUGUGUCCUGAACAUGGAUCAUCACUGUCCUUGGGUAAAUAACUGUAUUGGUUUUAAAAACAGGAAAUACUUUAUGCUACUUCUAUUUUAUGUACAAAUCACAACGAUAUUUUUAAUUUUUGCCUGGUCCUUAGACCUGAUAAAAAGCUGAAAGGUAAUCUACGCGGAUAUUUCAAGCACAAAGCUUCACUAUAACGAUCUCAGAAAAGCUAUAAUAACCAUUAUCUGAUAUCUGUUUGCAGGAAUGAUCUGAGUAAUGAUGGGCUUCUUCUUUUCUUUCCAUAGAAAACUUGUGAAGGAGAAUAAGACUACAAUUGAGAAUAUUGAGCAUAACUCUGACCCUAAGUACGAGAGUAAGUAUAACAUUGACUUUUGGCACAAUGUGACUCAAGUCAUGGGCACGAAUAAGUGGAUCUGGUGGAUUCCUAUUAUGCCUGCUUCGAAUAUGCCUCCUGGACAAGGUAUUUAUUUUGAGAAGAGAUAUGAAAGUGAGGAUUCUGAUGAUGAUGGUGGUGAUAAUAGGCCUAAUAAUUAUCAGAAUCAUGAAAGGAAUGACUUUAAUAGAGGAAGUAAUAAUAUGAUCGAGAGAUUGACGAAACAGGGAGAUGGCUCAAAAGUUCAAGAUAGAAACCGAGCAAAUGGUGAUAAUCACAUUCAGGCAGAUAGAAUGACCAUUCACGAAGAGAAUCAAAACAAAUGGGAGAAUUUAAACAAUAUCGUUCAAUCAGAAAAUGCAAAUCAAAUAUAUAAAUCCUCAGAGAGUCAUGAAAAUGCUCAGCAGGAAGAGUCAAAGCAAGGAUAUGCGAACCCACAGAGGAACAUGCCUCCUCCACGAAAAGAAGGAAAUGACAAACAAUAUCUUGAGAGGUCUACUUAUGGGAAUACAUCAAAAGGGAAUCCUGGCCUUGGAGGUGGCAGAUCAGAGGGAGAGAGGGCUGAGUCAAAAUCCUCCACUGGGCAACUCAUAAGAAGGACUAAAGGGCAAGGAUCUGGGCAAAAAGUUAAACCAAAAGGUAACAAAUUCGUGAACCAAGUCAAGAAGGAAAGUGCUCAUAGUAAAACAGGAAGGCCAACUAAGAAGAGAACUACUGCAAAUUCUCGUGGACGUGUUGGAGCUGGGUUUAGAUAGAGGAGAUUCAUCAAAAAUUCAAAUUUUCAAUUA